CGAGCGACAGAGAGCUGCUGGCCCUUCUCAUGAACCGCCUCGUGGUCAUGGAAACCCAGCUCUCCCACGCUCGCCAGGCGCUCAAGCAGAGGGAUUUCCACAUAGCAGUCCUCGAGGAGAAGCUCAGGCUGUACAUGAAAGCCGAGGAGACCGCAGUGGGCAGCGAGGUCGGCUUCCUGGAGUCUCUCAAGGACACGCGGAUGGCGUCGGUGGAGGAGAAGUGUCGGAAGCUGGAGAGGCAGGUCAUGGAGAUGGAGCGCUUCCUCGGAGAGUACGGCAUGGUGUGGUGCGAGGCGGAGGAAACCUACCUCCUCGACAACCCCGUCAACGCCUCCUGCAGUUACUCGUCGUCGGAGGGCACCACGCCCAACGUCACGCCCUCGCACACGCCCAGGGCUCAUCCGAGAGUCAGGAUCAAGAGGCAUAGAAGAAACCACAAGAACCGCGAGGUGCGUCGGGUCGUGGCGGAGUCGACAUCACGAAGCAUCUCUUCUGAGGCCGAACCCUUCAGUCUAGAUUACGAGAAGCUUCUGGCGGCCAUCACGGAGCUCAAUAUUAUGGCUCAGGGAGAUGCCGCGGCCGAGGUGGGCGAGAGUCUGCAGUUGACCCUCUACAAGAACGGGAUCGUGGUCAACGACGGAGGCUUCAGAAGCUUCGAGGCGGUGAAGACGAGGCAGUUCUUGCAGGACAUCCUCGACGGUUUCUUCCCCUCCGAGCUGCAGGCCGUCUAUCCCGAGGGCGUGCCGAUCAAGGUGCGGGACAAGCGGCAGGUGAUCUUCCUGCCCAACUCCUCGCGGCGCAAGGGCAGCAGCCGCCCCCCCGUGCCCCCGAAGCCGCGCCUGGCCACGGCCUCCGACUCGCUCCCGACGGGCUCCUCGCUCACCUCCGUCACCUCCAUGAUGUGCAGCAGCGAGACGGACCCCCGCCCGGGCGAGCUGCCCGCGCCCGUGCCCGCCGAGGCCACGCCCGCGGCGCCGGCUGAGCCCGGCGGCGACUCCUCGCACCUCUGUCCCGACGUCGACUACCGGAGCGAGUCGAGCGACGUGAGCAGCCGGCGCAACUCCCUGCAGCGCGGGAGCGACAAGUCGGAGGGCGAGGGCGGGGGCAGCCGGGCGGAGGUGGGCAGGCGCGGCAGCGACUCCGGCCGGCGCUCGACCGAGCUGGGGCGGCGCGGCAGCGAGCUGUGGCGGCCGACGGAGGCGCCGGCGGCGGGCGUGCCCAUCAUGCGGCGCGAGGGGCGGCGGGAGAGCGAGUCGCGGCGCGGCUCCGACCACCGCACGCACCAGUGCCGCCGCGGGUCCGAGUGCCGCCGCAGCAGCGAGCUGGCGCGGACGACGCUGGACCUCGACCUCGGACGGAGGAUGACCUCGAAGCACCCGCUGGAGUGGAACCGCAUCAACCGCACGGCCUUCCUCCUCAACGACGACACCUUCGACACCAACGGCAACCAGCUGCGGCGGGGCAGCCUGGGCGUGAUGGGCGCCGACCCCUACGACAUGGACAGCCUCAGGAAGAGGAGGACGUCCGUCGAGGACUUCCUGGCCAAGGUCCCCACCUGCGUCGUCAAGAACGGCAAGAUCGUCAACCUGCGCGAGGAGGUCGCCGACAUGCUCAUGAUCCCUCAGGGCCCCUCGAGGAAGAACUCCCUCACCCUCGUCCACACGCCCGUACUCGACGAAGCGGGCGAGAGUCAGGAGAGCAACGAGCAGGACAACCACACGGGCGAGGGGGGGGAGACGCAGCAGGAGGCGCCGCGGGAGGGUCAGGCCGACGACCCGAGCGCCACGACCGACGGCGGGAGUGGCGCGUCUUCGGUCGGGCUGGGUGUAGGUGGCGGCGGCGGCGGGGUUGGAGCGGGUGUUCCUGGCGGAGGCGCGGGCGGUACGGCGGCGACUACUUCGUCCGCGGCUCAUCACGACCACGGACACGGACCCACGAGAACGACGCUGCGGAUCAAAGUGGAGAAUGGCACAGAGACCUACAUGAUCAAGCUGAAGGCCUCGGAUACCCUAGAUAAACUUCGCGCUUAUCUGAGGUCUUAUCGUGGAGAUAACGAGGACUUUGACAUCGUGAAGACCUAUCCAUUCCAGGUGUUAGAACAAGGGACCGCAACCAUGGCUGAGCUGGGCCUCGUCCCGAACGCCGCCCUACACCUCAAAGUGGCUGCUCGACCUCGUCCUCCAGAGUCCCUGUCCCUCCACGCUGGAAUAAUGGUAGGAGGAGGAGGGAACGCCCACGACACGACCUCGGGGAACGAGUCGUAA